AGGUUUCUGUCCUCUACCUUGUACAUCAGUGGGAUUCACUCUGCUGGAACAAAAUAAUGUCAUCUUCAACCCAUUGAAGGAAAGGGAAUAUUUGUUCAUACUUAUGAUGAUUUGACAUAAUUAAUGUUUUAUUAACCAUGAUGGCAACACAGACAUUAAGUAUAGACAACUAUCAAGAUGGACAACAGAUGCAAGUAGUAACAGAGUUAAAAACUGAACAAGAUCCCAACUGCUCUGAAACUGAUGCAGAAGGGGUGAGUCCUGCCCCUGUAGAAUCUCAGACUCCAAUGGAUGCAGACAAGCAGGCCAUUUACAGGCACCCGCUAUUUCCCUUGUUAGCACUAUUAUUUGAAAAAUGUGAACAAUCUACACAAGGCUCAGAAGGCACAACUUCAGCUAGUUUUGAUGUAGAUAUUGAAAAUUUUGUAAGGAAGCAGGAGAAAGAAGGAAAACCCUUUUUCUGUGAAGAUCCAGAAACUGAUAAUUUGAUGGUAAAAGCAAUCCAAGUUCUACGUAUCCAUCUGCUUGAGCUAGAAAAGGUUAAUGAACUCUGCAAGGAUUUCUGUAGUCGUUACAUUGCCUGCCUGAAGACAAAAAUGAACAGUGAAACUCUAUUAAGUGGAGAGCCCGGAAGUCCUUAUUCACCUGUGCAAUCUCAGCAAAUUCCAAGUGCCAUUGCAGGCACACUCAGUCCCCAAGGGAUUAUGGUGCCAGCAUCAGCAUUGCAGCAGGGAAAUGUAACUAUGGCAACAGUAGCAGGGGGGACAGUGUAUCAGCCAGUCACUGUGGUCACUCCACAAGGUCAAGUGGUGACACAGGCACUGUCACCUGGGACUAUUCGUAUCCAGAACUCUCAGCUUCAGUUGCAAUUAAACCAAGAUCUAGGCAUCUUGCAUCAAGAUGAUGGCUCAUCAAAAAAUAAAAGAGGAGUUCUUCCCAAGCACGCUACAAAUGUGAUGAGAUCUUGGCUUUUUCAGCACAUAGGGCAUCCAUAUCCAACAGAGGAUGAGAAGAAACAGAUUGCAGCACAAACAAAUCUGACACUACUCCAGGUUAACAAUUGGUUUAUCAAUGCUAGAAGGCGAAUUCUUCAGCCGAUGCUGGAUUCCAGUUGUUCUGAAACUCCAAAAACAAAGAAGAAAACAGCUCAGAACCGACCGGUUCAGAGGUUCUGGCCUGACUCCAUUGCCUCAGGAGUUGCUCAGCAGCAAUCUAACGAGCUCACAAUGUCAGAUGGCGCUGUCGUAACAAUUACAGCUCCAGUCAACAUGAAUGUAGACAGUCUCCAGUCUUUGUCAUCUGAUGGUGCUACUUUGGCUGUUCAGCAAGUUAUGAUGGCAGGGCAAAGUGAGGAUGAGUCUGUAGACAGCGGUGAAGAUGAUGGAGGAGACCUCUCAACAACAAAUAUCAGUGGGCUGGUCUUGGAUAACAGCGAUUCUCUGCAGUAGGAAGCAAGAGAGUGUGACAAAAUGUUUAGGAAAAAGAAUGGACUGACUGACUGUUUUUAUAGUUUGCACAGCAAACAUUUUACACAAGUUUUAUUUCUAAUAUGUUUUAUAUGUAGAUAUAGAAGGGUGCACUUUUUUGUAUUUCAUAGUGAGCUUAAAGAGUGUUUUUGCAGGUGCAGCAACUUCUUUCAAAUGUGUUUUUUCAUUUCUUUUCCUUUUAUUUCAGAAAAUUAUAUCCAGUAAUAUAAAGAACCACAUUAGCACCCCUUUGUUCUAUGAAUUGGAAGUGCUGCAAUUUCUAAAGAAUUACGCAGUUUCAAUGAGUGCUGUUAUUUAACACAGCUCUUGAUGGGCAGGUGAUGUAAAUUUAAAGCAUGUGACACUAGUGUGUGGAACUUGACCAUUAAGUUAGAUGCAUAUAUUUGAAAGAUGCUUCUGCACCUUAAAAACUGCUAGUCUGAGGUGGACAGCAACACACAUAAAAAGAAA